GCAAAUGUCAGUUUAGAGAAAGCAAAAGUGGAAAACGCUACAUCGGUACGUUGCCUUAAUUUUUUCCAAUCACUAGAUUCCGGAAUCUUCGACAAAUUUUGCAAUUUACUUAUAACUGAUAUUACAAUAAUUACGGAAAAGUAAAUUUUUGCAAAGCGUCCAACAAAGAAGUAAAAAAUGGAAGAAGCCCGAGAUGAAAGCCAGUUUAUUGUGGACGACGUAAGCAAAAUAAUUAAGGAUGCAAUUGAAAAUACCAUCGGUGGCAACGCCUACCAACAUGACAAAGUAAACAACUGGACUGGACAAGUUGUUGAGAAUUGCCUAAGUGUGCUUACCAAGGAGCAGAAACCAUACAAAUACAUUGUUACAGCUAUGAUUAUGCAGAAAACUGGUGCUGGUCUACAUACAGCCAGCUCAUGCUAUUGGAACAACGACACAGAUGGCAGCUGCACCGUUCGCUGGGAAAAUAAAACUAUGUAUUGUAUAGUAUCGGUGUUUGGUCUGGCUGUUUAAGAUACAACGAUGAUGAACGCAAUUGAUGAGCUGCCCCAAGGGGCUCCAGCCAGGGGAGGUUAUAGACUUUUUAAGUGCUUUCUGCGGAGAUGAAAAGGGAAAUAAAUAUUGAAGUAACUACUUAAAAAAAACAACAAUUUUAACGAUUUUCCAAUAAAAUGCUUUAUAAAGCUAAAUAAAUUAUAUUAUCAAACCAAUUUACAGUAAUAUCCCGCUUAUCACAAAAUAAAAUGUGUUAAUUGUUUAUUUUUAUAGCUUCCCAAGUUAUAUUUAAAUAAAAAAGCGUCGAUAGGGCCUUAUUCGUUAAAUAUAAAUAUUACAAGAAAAUGGAAAAAUAAUUUGAUUGAUGUACGAGUUCAGGGGCACUGUUAAAGAGCAGGAAUUCUAAAUUACAUACUAGUAAUUUAAUUCAAAAUUUGACUUAUAAACGCAGAUAAUGUAUUUUUUUAAGAAAGUUUUGGAGUAUACGUAUGUGAGUAAUUAAUAAAGAAUGUCUAUAAGUAAAUUCA